CGGUGUGAUCGCGUUGUAAAAAAAAAAAAAAUUCUUUGUUGUAAAAGAAAAGAAAAAAAAUGAGCUGUUUUUGUUUGUUUUCAGAUUAUUAUGGAACGUAAAAAAUAUAUAAUAUUAUAAGCAGAAAAACUAUAGCAGGAAUAUUAAACCAGGUUCUACUGUACGUGUCAUUUGCUUUUUACUUUCAAUAACUCUUUUUAAGUUUAAAUUCAAUAACUUUGUGUAACAGUAAUGGAAAAAUAAAUCUAACGUUACAAAAAUUGUGGCCGUCUAUGUUAGAGAGACUACGUGUGUACGAUCGCGAGACUAUGGCACUAUGAGACACCUUAAAACCCAUGUAGUUACUAACAUUUGUAAGGGGCGUACCCUGAGAGCGGGAGGAGGUGGAACAAAAGCCAGUGGUUGAUAUGGAGUUUAUCAGUUUGGACAGCAUCAAGGAGGAGGUCGAGGAAGAGACUCCACUGGCUGGCGUCCAACCAGCUGCUGUGUGGCAGGAGGAGAUGGAACAGAAGCCAGUGGUUGAGAUGGAGUUUGUGAAGGUGGACAGCAUCAAGGAGGAGGUCGAGGAAGAGACUCCACUGGCUGGCGUCCAACCAGCUGCUGUGUGGCAGGUUGAUAAUCCUGCUGUGGAGACAAGCUCUCUGGCAGAAGCUACCAGAACAAGAGGUAAUUACAACAGUGAAGGUAGUGCCUCUCUCAAGCCUGAAUGUGUACCAGAAGAAAGUGCUACCUGCGGUACUAUUUUGAUGUCUGACAUUUGCAUCAAUGUUUCAACAGAUUGCAAGGGCCUUCACCCUCAUCAGCAUUUGUGUUCGUCAAGCAAACAAGUCAAAGAUUCUGCAGAUAUAUCAAGACAAGAGCCACUAGUACGUCAUUUAGUUGAACAUAACCGAUCUCAUACAGGGGAGCGUCCCUUCAAGUGUGAUGUAUGUAGUAAAACAUUUGGUAGAAAACAAAAUCUUACUGAACACAGAAAUUUACAUACAGGAGAGAGUCCCUUCAAGUGCGAUAUGUGUAGUAAAACAUUUAGUAGUAAAAAAACACUUAUUGUACAUAUCAAGUUACACAUAGGGGAGUUACCCUUCAAGUGUGAAUUAUGUAAUAAGGCUUUUAUUUCUAAAAGGGAUCUCAUUAUACACAACAGAUUACAUACAGGAGAGCGUCCCUUCAAGUGUGAAGUGUGUAAUAAAUCAUUUGCUAGGAAACAAAGCUUAAAAUUACACAACAGCUUGCACACAGGGGAGCAUCGCCUGAAGUGUGAAUUCUGUAGUAAGUCUUUUAUUUCUAAAAGGGAUCUCAUUGUACACAACAGAUCACAUACAGGAGAGCGUCCCUUCAAGUGUGAAGUGUGUAACAAAUCAUUUGCUAGGAAACACAGCUUUCAUGUACAUAGCAGCUUGCAUACAGGGGAGCGUCUCCUCAAGUGUGAAUUAUGUAGUAAGUCUUUUAUUACUAAAGGGUCUCUGAUUAUACAUAAAAGGACACAUACAGGAGAGCGUCCCUUCAAGUGUGAAGUGUGUAACAAAUCAUUUGCUAGGAAACAAUACUUCAAUUUACACAAGAGGGUGCAUACUGGGGAGCGUCCCCUCAAGUGUGAAUUGUGUAGUAAGUCUUUUAGUUUUAAAACGGAACUCAUUGUACACAACAGGUCACAUACAGGAGAGCGUCCCUUCGAGUGUGAAGUGUGUAACAAAUCAUUUGUUAGAAAACAAACUUUUAUAGAACACAAGAGCUUGCAUACAGGGGAGUAUCCAUUCAAGUGUGAAUUAUGUAGUAAGUGUUUUAGUUUAAAAAAGUAUCUGAAUGUGCAUAUGAGGGUACAUACAGAGAAGCAUUCCUACAAAUGUAAAUUAUGUAGUAAAUCUUUCGAUUGUAAAAGGGAUCAUAUUUUACACAACAGGUUACAUACAAGUGAGCAACCCUUCAAGUGUGAAUUAUGUGGUAAGGCUUUAAGUUCUAAAACGUGUCUUAUUUUACACAACAAGUUACAUACAGGGGAGCGUCCUUUCAAGUGUGAAUUAUGUGGUAAGACUUUUAGUUUUAAAAGGUAUCUGGAUAUACACAUGAGGGUACAUACAGGGGAGCAUCCCUUUAAGUGUGAUGUAUGUAGUAAGUCUUUUAGUUGUAAAAGGGAUAUCAUUACACACAUCAGGCUACAUACAGGGGAAAGGCCCUUCAAGUGUAAUGUGUGUAGUAAAUCAUUUAUUAGGAGAGAAGUAUUUAAUGCACACUACAGCUUACAUACGGGGGAGAAUGCUAUAAAGUGUGAAUUAUGUAGUAAGUCUUUUAGUUCUAAAGCGGCUCUCAGAGUUCACAACAGAUUGCAUACAGGGGAGUGUCCCUUUAAUUGUGAUAUGUGUAGUAAAUCAUUUACUGUAAAAGAAAAACUUAUUACACACAUGAAAUUACAUGCAGGCGAAGGUCUCUUUAAAUGUUAGCUUGUAGAAAAUAUUUAAUCGCAAUGAUCACUUAGUCAUGCAUACCAGAAUUCUGUGAUGAAUGUCUGUUAGUAUGAAAUAAUUUAAUCCAAGUCUGUUGAAGCACCUGAAAUAGCUCUAGCACAGAUAUAACAUGCUGCAGUGCAGAGACAUUGAUUAGCAGGUGGCCAGUCUCAAGAAACAAUUAUGGUGGAGCUAUAACAGUGUUCUUUUUGUCUGGUUUACAAUUUGAGAAUGAAUGGUGAAAAAACGAUUAUGUACUGACGUCAAAAGGGCCUGCACCCAGGAGCCUAGUCAGCUUCCGCCUCCUUUCCCCUGGCCCCUGUCCCACUUCCCUCACUGGCAUUCAUACCAUCACGAAACUACGUAGUCACAAUAGGGCGCUGUAGCGGCAGUGUCAUGUCCCCUUAAAUUUUUUAAUAAAUUUUUGUUAAUUUUUAUUAUUAUUUUUCCUGUGAAUUUGUGUCGCCACUGACGGGCGGGACAGUUUUGUUUUUGUUCAAUUUAUAAUUUUAUUUGUUUAAUAUAAAGACAUUGCCGAGCGGACCCGAACGUGAGCCGAAGUCAGACUUUAUUUUAAUCAAGUACAUUAAUAACGGUUUGUUUAGUAAUAGCAGAGCAGUGGGAGACUGUGCCAUAAUUAUAAAAUGGUUUUGUAUAUUCCCUACGUAGGAUUUCAAGGCAUUUAAUCAUAAGACGUAACAGUAAUCUGGCCUAGCGGGAAGGUGCCAUGAUGCACCGGGAGAGCCCAGCGCUCAGCCAGUUCUCCGCCGCCAACAACCGAGACAAGCCGCAGCCUCCCGCACCCCGGGGACUGCACCCUUUGUACUCUGAUGCGUAGAUCUGCUUUAUCUCUAAUCAAUUAUCAAUCACUUUCGCAUUAUCCCCGGGGCUUGCCUCGGUCGAAGAACUGUUUUAUUAAAUAUUUCUCAGCUCUUGAAGAGACUCCUUUUAAACACAUACUACGUAUUUGCUGUGCGCGACCACGUGCCUUGGGCCGUUGAACGUUAUCAUCUCGAAGCUGUGUAUGGGAGCGUGUGUAUACAUUAAAUACCUUAAGUAUGAAACUACGUUCUUUUCUUUUACCGACCUCGUGGCAAUCUAUCCACUGUGAGCAGGCAUGUGGGAUGCCUUGAGAGCCCACGAUUCAUUAAUAUAGUAUAAGCGUGCCCGACACUGAGAGCGGCCCAGGUCUGAGCGAAUUACGUGGAUCGAAUCUUGCCUCACACGGGCGACGUCUCGCCCUGAGGCGGGUCUCAGCCGGGUCCACUUGCCCUUCCACGUGGUGGCGCCCAGUAUCUGUCCUCAUCGUGAAGACCCUAUGAAAACCCUAAUCACGACAGGACAUAUCUUUCCCCAUCUUCCUUCUUUUUACAUUUUUUUUGCCCUUUUCAUAUCUUCAGUUCAAUUUUUAGUAGUUAAUAUUAAUAAAAAUUCUUAUCUAUCCCAAAAUUAACUCCAAAAAAUUCUACAAUUGGUGUUAUGUAUUGUUACGAUGGCAAUAUUGCAGCCAGACAAUUUGUGGUAGGAUGAGAGGAAAGUAGAAUAAUUUUAUAAGAUGAUGGAGAAAUGAGGAAUUUUUGGAUAUUUGGGAAUGUGACAGUUAAUGCUAGCAACUUUCACAUUCACCAAUAAUCACAGAGGUAACUAUUACCAUACGUGCCAAAUUGUACGAUUUCACCCAAAAAUUAAUAGGUAGAACACUAGUGCUGAUUUUUAUUUGUGUGUUAGUAUUGUAUUGUCUGUGAAAAAGAUACAGGGGUUUCUGUAAGCUGCGUUGUAACCCUUGUACUAAGUGUAUUGAACAUUAGUGAUCACUCUAUUUCAUUUCGCCAGUUGUUGGUGUGGGAUCAUUGUGGUAGAAGUAAAUAUGCAGAUAAUGUAUGGUGGCUAAUAGAUUAAUAUAUUUUUAAGAAAGAUGAUUUUGAGGUUCCAGUAUAUAGAAAUUCCUGAAGCUCUUUUUUAAUGUUAAGAGGUUUGCGAUUUGUAUUAAGAUUAAAUUUUCAUUAAUUAUAUCAGGCUUUACUAACCUUUUAAAACGGUUCUUAGCCUCCUUUUUUGGCGAUUAAAUUUAAUUUUUUCUACUUCUUUUUGCCUUAAUUUUGUUUUAGUGCAUUUUUCCAAUACAUUUUGAGUAACAGACAAAAAUAUUCUAUUUGUGUGUUUUCCUGCAGUUUGUUUGGCUGAAAGGUUUAUUUCUGUCAAGAUCCUAAAUUCUGUAGGUGCUGUAAACAAGUAUUAAUGCCAGCAAUGAAAUAAGUUAGAAUAAAAUAGAUUUUCAAAAAACUUCCUGUUGCUGACACAGUAAGUUAGUUUUUUGUGCAUUCGGCUAGUUAUUUUUAUGCACUAGUUUUGAUAUUCUUAUCUUAGUCCAAAUACAUGUACUUUGUUUCUUAGAGCUCUAUGUAAAUAUUAUUUUAGAGUGUGAAGUGAAAUUUUUUGUAUUAAAAAUAUUUAUUUAUAUUAAUACUUUAAUAUUUUUUAAAGCCAUAAUUGGUUAUGUAUCACAUUGAAUAUUAAAAGUCAAUUAAGAUCUGCAAAAAAAUUAGUCCUGAAUUUGACAUGGCCGCGGCCUAACUGUCCUUAUGCUAAGCGGGGGUUCGCGUCAAUACAUGUACUGAGAAUAAAUUGUGGGCGCCACCGUGCAAGGGGCACGAACCCAGGAGAGACUCUUUUUCAGGGCCGUGACGUCGCCCAUGUGAGGCGUGAUUUCAACCCCCUUAAAGCCAAUCCUAGUACUCGCCACUGGUCCGCUCUCAGCGUCUGGUACGCUCUUCACCUACGCAGUGGGCUCUUACGGCGUCCCACACGCCGUCACACUCAGGAUGUUGAAAUAAACAAAUACAAAUAAAAUUGUAUGCCCUGGUGUAUUAGUUGCGACUUCGCCUACACCUUUGAUUAUAUCACACAACACCUAUGGCACGAAUCGGUUCACGUGGUGCGACAUGACCACGUGGUCACACUCUACAAGUAGGUAAUUAGCAUAAAAAGGACCAUAGUGGUCACUCAUACAAUUAUUUAAACAGUCCCCCCGACCGAGAGAAGCCCCGAGGAAUUAUGAACGCAAGAUUUAAGAUAAUUAAAAUUUAACAGAAUUACUUAGCAGUGUAGGCAAGCGGUGAGGUCCCCGGGGUGCUGAUGCGUCUGCUCUUGGUUGGUGCUGGCAAAGGACUGGGGUGAGCUCAGGGCUCUGCUAACCUAACAUGGUGUCUUCGCGCCGAACCAGUUACCGUUAUACCUAUUUACGAUUACGUGCCACAGGAAGCUACAGGUAAAAUAUGAAACACUCUUAAUAAUUAUAUUACACCUAAUGCAUGAUAAAAACUUUUAACUUAAAUUAUAACAAUUUAUUAUUAAUGAUAACCCGAACGGCUUCGGCGGACUUCAGUUCACGUCGUGCAUGUUCGGUACAUCUUGUCAUUGUUUAUGCCUUAACUAAACAUGAAUUACUUAAGUACAUAAAACACUCCCGGCCGAUCUGCAGUCACAUGCCACUUGGGGAAAAAUAAGCAAAAAAGAAUUACAAUGUUUAUCUCUAGUUAAAGGGGUGUGGUGCACUGCUGCUACAGCGCCCUCUUGACAUCCGUGGUGCGCUAUUCAAACACAACCACCCGACUACGUACUCAAGACGGAGCGGCUGCCAGUACGGGAAGUCGGAUGGGGUGGUGAGGGGAAAGGUGGCAGAGGCUGACCAGGCUUCUGGGGCGCAGGCCCGGUUGAUGUCAAAUUGUACUUGUCAUGCAAAAUUUGUUCCAUAUGAUUUAUGCUAGAUAGUAUAUAAUUUCCAAGCAUUUUACUGACAGGGACUUAAAUGAUUAGGCUGGUAUAUAUUACUCAGUAUAUAAUCUGUAAGUAGCGAAAGUGUAAUUUUUUUUUUUCAUGUGGAAUAUAAUAUGUUUUCAAAAAAGCAUAUAAAGGUUACCAGUCAAUUUGUUUGUUUUGUGAGUGUUAUUAAUAAUUCUUAUUGUGUGAGUAUUAUUAUUAACAAUGCUGCGAAAAAGCAGAUCUAAUCUUUCCUAACAAAGCUGUUAUGGAAUUAGGCUUUGGAACAUUGCGAAUCAAUCCUCUGAAGAAGACAAGGAAUCUAAAGAGAAGAGCGAUGUGUUAGUAUGGCCCGACUUCAUGCUUCUCCAAGAGCAAAGAGAGGCAGCUUGUGAAACAGCUCGGUUGACAAUGAGAAUUUGUUGAGCUUAUUGUAUAGAUCAACAACUACAUAAUCUUCUACGCGCAAGAAGAAUUGCUUCAAGUGUUGAUUUGAAUUGAGCAGUGUUUCUAUACGAUUGCACAAUUUAUUACAGCUCGCAUCCUUUCGUACACAUUGGUCCAAUAGAUGUUGUUUGAUAGUAUUGUGGCGCAUUGAAGUUUGCUGCAGAAACGCGUGGAGUGUGUUGCCUUAAUGGCAAAGUGAAAUUGCCAUUAUUGACACCGCCACCUGAGCCAUUGCAUUCAUUAAUUCAUAGCGAAAUACCAGAAUCACAACAUUUCUUUGCUAACACUCAAAAAUACAAUGGCUGUUUUCAAACUACUUCAUAUGGGGCAGACAUUAUCGAAGAACGGAUUUAAUCCGACAAUCAAGGUACCUACUUCAUUUACUCUGUGUUUGCCUCCAAAAUAGAUAAGGCAUACUAACAUUUCAAACAAUUUGUGAUUAUAAAUCAGUAAUAGUGACUUCGCUUUCGACUUACAUAUUCAAGGCCAGGUUCACCAUCGAAUUGGAUCAUUGCAACCCCUUGAAAAUGCACAACAUAAAUUCUUACAAAUAUACAUAAUGGGCAAUAUGUAGGAACAACUUGAUUGGUGUCAAUAGAUCAACACAGCAAUGAAAAUAGCAAUUCUUCAAGAUCUGCAGCAACUACUUCAUGAACAUCAUGUUGACAUCGUCCGGGCCUGCGGCCCCUUUUAAGCCCGAUAUGCCACCGCCCAAACACCACCCACCCUCCAUUCAAACCUCCCACCUACCCGUGCGUACGUGUGUGUGCGUGUGUGUUCGCUCGGCAAGAGGGCGCUGUCGAGCCAGUGUGCCGCACCCCUAAAAACAUAAGUAUAUAUAAUUGUGUUAUUUGUUUUUAUAUUCCCUAAGUGCAACGUGACGGCAGAUCGGCCGGGAGGGUUUUAUGUAUAUUUUAUUUUAAAAUAAUGUAUUAAAAUAUCAUAGCGUUUCCGGACAUUCCCGAUGAAACCCGAAGCCAGACAAUAAUUAAAUGUUCAUUUUAUUAAUUAUAAUAUGUAUUAUUCUUUUCAAGUAUUCAUAAAUUGUCACAUAAUUUUUUAUUCAUUCUUGUCAUGUUAAUUUAGUUUCCCGUGGCAUGAAUUCGCAAAUAUCUUUUAACGGAAAUUGUUUCGGCGGGAGGACGCCAUGUUAGUCGAGCGAGCCAUGAUCUCAGCCCAGUCCGCCGCCAUCAACAACCGAGAGUAGACGUUUCAGCACUCCGGGGACCUCACCGCUUGUUUCACCGCCAAGUAAUUCUGUUUCAAUUUAAUUCCGUCUAAAUCGUUUUCUUUUGGUCCUCGGAGCUCGUCUCGGUCGGGGGACUGUAUAACUAAUUGUCUUACGACCAGCAACGGUCUUUUCUCUUUUGUAAUACGUAAUGUGAGAUGUGACCACAUGGGGGUCUUCACACCUAAACCGAUUCGUGCCGCGGGCGUUUUAAACAGUUUCAAUCGUGUACGUGUGUAAGUUGCAUUCACCGAAUAAAUCAGGUGUGUAAAUCAAA